AUGCUGCUGCUGAUGUACGUUGGCGGACUUAGUCGGUACAGCGAAGGGAGGCCAGACAACGAUUUGCAUAUCGGCGGCAUAUUUCCCAUGGAGGGAGAAGGCGGCUGGCAAGGCGGGCAGGCUUGUAUGCCUGCUGCAGAAUUGGCGCUCGCCGACGUGAACGCGAGGUCCGACUUAUUAUCGGGAUUCAAAUUAUUGCUCCAUAGCAAUGAUAGUAAGUGUGAACCAGGCCUAGGUGCGAGCGUAAUGUACAACUUGUUGUACAACCCACCUCAAAAGUUAUUGCUUUUGGCCGGUUGUUCCACAGUUUGCACCACAGUCGCUGAAGCAGCAAAGAUGUGGAAUCUUAUGGUUCUAUGUUACGGGGCAUCGUCACCUGCUCUGUCAGAUAGGGCACGGUUUCCAACGCUGUUCCGCACCCACCCAUCGGCCACAGUCCACAACCCCACAAGGAUAAAACUAAUGCAGAAGUUCGGCUGGUCUCGCAUCGCUAUAUUGCAACAAGCGGAAGAAGUCUUCAUAUCGACCGUGGAAGAUCUAGAAGCCCAUUGCAAAAAAUCAGGUAUAGAGAUCGUGACGAGGCAGUCAUUUCUCUCUGACCCGAACGACGCAGUACGCAAUCUACGCAGACAAGACGCCCGCGUAAUAGUUGGGCUUUUCUACGUAGUUGCCGCGCGAAGGGUUCUGUGCGAAGUGUACAAACACCGUCUGUAUGGAAAAUCUUACGUGUGGUUCUUUAUCGGCUGGUAUGAAGACAACUGGUUCGAAACUAACCUGGAGAGAGAAGGUAUUGAUUGCACUGUGGAACAGAUGAGGGAAGCUGCCGAGGGUCAUCUUACGACGGAGGCGCUCAUGUGGAAUCAAAAUUCAAAUCAGACCACUAUAUCUGGAAUGACGUCAGAGGAUUUUAGGUCUAGAUUAAAUGAAGCACUGCGAGAAGCUGGAUAUGACAUCGAUGGGGAGAGAUUUCCAGAAGGUUAUCAAGAAGCGCCUUUAGCAUACGAUGCUGUUUGGGCAGUUGCGUUAGCGUUUAACAAAACUAUGGAAAAGCUGGAGAAGAAUGGACUUAGCCUGAAGAAUUUUACCUAUACUAAUAAGAAGAUUGCGGAUGAUAUUUAUGAGGCGAUAAAUUCAACGUCUUUUCUCGGGGUCUCGGGCUUAGUUGCUUUCUCAUCACAGGGUGACCGUAUAGCGCUAACACAAAUAGAGCAGCUAUCCAACAAUCAUUAUGUAAAACUUGGAUAUUACGACACCCAAGCUGACAAUCUUACUUGGUUAGAUCGGGAGCAGUGGGUCGGUGGAAAAGUGCCUCCGGACCGCACAGUUGUGGUGAACGAAUUGCGCACAGUCUCGCUACCACUUUUUGCAUGCAUGACUGCACUCUGCAUCGCUGGCAUAUUGGCUGCAAUUGGCUUAAUCGUUUUCAACAUUAUGCAUCGCCAUAGAAGGGUAAUACAGUGGUCGCAUCCAGCUUGCAACACUGUGAUGUUGUGCGGCUGUUGCGUUUGCCUGGGCGCUGCGGUCGCCCUCGGCGUGGAUGGCAGAUGGGUCACGCCGCAACACUAUACCGGUCUUUGCGCCACCAGGGCGUGGCUUCUCGCCAUCGGAUUCUCAAUGGCCUACGGGGCGAUGUUCACAAAAGUGUGGCGUGUUCACCGACACACAACUAAGCCGAAAGCCGAAACCAAGAAACGCAUGCAUGGUUGGAAACUGUACACGAUGGUUGGCGGGUUACUGGUGGUAGAUGUGGCAUUGCUUACGGCAUGGCAACUCCGCGACCCGCUACAAAGGCGGGUGGAAACCUUCCCAUUAGAAGCACCUAGACAUCAUGAUGACGAUGUGCAUAUAAGACCGGAGUUAGAGCAUUGCGAGAGUGAACACAAUACAGUUUGGCUCGGAGUGAUGUACGGCUAUAAGGGCCUAGUGUUGGUGUUUGGCCUAUUCCUAGCGUACGAAACUAGAUCUGUCAAGAUACGUCAAAUCAACGACUCGAGAUACGUCGGCAUGAGUAUUUACAACGUGGUCGUGUUGUGCCUGAUAACUGCUCCGGUCACGUUAGUGAUUGCGAGCCAACAGGAUGCCGCCUUUGCGUUCGUGUCCCUUGCGAUCGUCUUUUGCUGUUUCCUGAGCAUGGCUCUCAUAUUUAUCCCAAAAGUGAUAGAAGUAAUUCGUCAUCCAACCGAGCGCGCCGAGAGUGGGCGUGGUUCUGGCUCUGGAUCGACGCCGGCUGAUGAAGAGCGUUACCGGGAACUCGUAAAAGAAAACGAAGAGCUUCAGAAACUGAUAGCACAGAAGGAAGAGCGAAUACGCGUGCUGAAGCAGAAGUUGGCGGAGCGGGAGACUGCGGCGGCGGACGUGACGCAAGAUGUACAGGACGAGCAAGUG